GUGUUACAUAUAUAAAUGAUUUCAUCGCUCUGUUUGUACCUGGCCAUCGAAUUGAAGCCUCAACCUAUUUUCUACUAUGUCUGUGAGAAACGCCUUUUUCUGGUCACUUCUGGCCGCCAGUACGGCCGCCAAAGCAUGCUACAAUAGCAGCAUUGAGAUCUCUGUCUCAUCUCGUAACGGUGUCUUUGACAACCUCGCCACGCCCCAGACGAACUUGGAAACCACCGCCUUUAUCACAGCGGCUACGCGUCCAGGGCACAAUGGAACACAGGAGUCGUUGACAAACUAUAGCACUGUGUCGGGGACAUACAAGAUCUCCACCCAAUACUGCAAGCCCGAUGCAGUUACUCCUGGUGCUGGACCAGUCCUGCAGAUUCUGACACAUGGAUUUGCAUUUGAUAAAGCAUACUGGGACCUCCCAUACAAUAACUUCAACUACUCCUAUGUGGAUAAUGCCCUCUCCCAUGGUUACCACACCCUCUCCUACGAUCGUCUCGUUGCCGCCCUAGCACAAAUUACCCAGAUGGCACGAAACGGUAGUUUCCCCAGAGUUGAGAAACCCCGGAAGGUUGUCCACGUUGGUCAUUCCUUCGGCUCCAUCCAAACGUAUGGCUUGACAGCCAUAUACCCGACCAUCUCUGACGGCAUUAUCCUGACGGGCUUCUCUCCGAACGCCUCCUUUCAGACUUUAUUCCUAGCCGGAGCCAACUUCCAGCAGACACACAUCCAGCAGCCUGAUUCGGGCUAUUCCCCAGGAUACCUCUCCAGCAGUGACAUCAGCGCCAACCAGUACCUCUUCUUCUCGGCACCUUACUUCGACCCUGGCAUUUUACCCUUUGCGGAGGCGACGAAACAACCUGUCACGAUCGGUGAACUCCUUACUGCCGGCGGCGCGCUGUUCAGCAGUCAAUUCACAGGUCCGGUGCUGAUCAUCACCGGCUCCGGCGACCUGCCUUUCUGUGGAGGGGAUUGUCUCGCCACUGGUGGGACAGCUGCCUCCAUCCCGGAGGAGGCAGCUAAGGGCUUCCCCGCUUCGAAGGUGUUCCAGGCGUACAUCCAGCCUAACACCGGGCAUGGACUCAACCUGCACUACAAUGCUACCGGGGCUUAUGAGUACAUCGCCGAUUUCUUACGACAGAAUGGUCUGGGAGCGUAA